CUCAGAGCAAAACCGAUAUAGACGGAGAGAGAGAAACGUAUCUGGGGAAAAUCCAAAAAAAUCGAUUCAAUAUUUUACUUUUAAAAGCAAUAAAUCUCAUUACAUUUUACAAAAGAAACUAUAAACAAAAAAAAAACAAGAAGAAAGAGGAAAGAAGAACAGAAGAGAGCUCGAAAUGGAAGACAUUGGAAUCUGUUGAGUAAUGAGAAGAGACUUAGCGUUUAAUAAUAAUGCAAUGUUCAAUCCUUUCACAACUCAUUACAGAUAUGAACUGGGCACUCAACAAUCAUCAUCAUCAUCUUCAAGAAUUAGAAAACCCAGAAGAAAGGGAGCCACCAAGAACCGAAACAUCUGAUUCUACAGUGAAAAGCAGCGAUUUUUAUCAGCUGGGUGCUCUGAACUCGACGGAAAAGCCCAGGAAAAUCGAUUUUUGGCGUUCUGGGUUGAUGGGUUUCGUGAAGAUGCAGCAGCAACAGCAGCUUCAGCAUUCAGUUGCGGUGAAGAUGAACAAUAACAACGAUCAAAUGGGUAAUAAAAAGGGGUCAACUUUCAUACAAGAACAUCGAGCAUUGUUACCAAAAGCUCUGAUUCUGUGGAUCAUCAUUGUUGGGUUUAUAAGCAGAGGGAUUUACCAGUGGAUGGAUGAUACUCACAAGAUUAGAAGAGAGGAGGUUCUGGUGAGCAUGUGUGAUCAGAGAGCCAGAAUGUUGCAGGAUCAGUUUAGUGUUAGCGUUAACCAUGUUCAUGCUUUGGCAAUUCUUGUCUCCACUUUUCAUUACCACAAGAACCCAUCUGCAAUCGAUCAGGAGACAUUUGCAGAAUACACAGCAAGAACAGCAUUUGAGAGACCGUUGCUAAGUGGAGUGGCUUACGCAGAAAAAGUUGUGAAUAAUGAGAGGGAGAUGUUCGAGCGUCAACACAAAUGGGUUAUAAAGACAAUGGACAGAGAGCCUUCACCAGUCAGGGACGAGUAUGCUCCUGUCAUAUUCUCUCAAGAUAGUGUCUCUUACCUUGAGUCACUCGAUAUGAUGUCCGGCGAGGAGGAUCGCGAGAACAUUCUGCGGGCAAGAGAAACCGGAAAAGCUGUCUUGACAAGCCCUUUCAGGUUGUUGGCUUCUCACCAUCUCGGAGUUGUGUUGACUUUCCCUGUCUACAAAUCUCCUCUGCCUGAAAACCCGACUGUUCAAGAGCGUAUUGCAGCCACUGCAGGGUAUCUUGGUGGUGCGUUUGAUGUGGAGUCUCUUGUUGAGAAUUUACUCGGUCAGCUUGCUGGUAACCAAGCAAUAGUAGUGCACGUUUAUGAUAUCACCAAUGCAUCAGAUCCACUGGUAAUGUAUGGCAAUCAAGACGAAGAAGGCGACACAUCUCUCUCUCACGAAAGCAAACUCGAUUUCGGUGACCCUUUCAGGAAACAUAAGAUGAUUUGCAGGUACCACCAAAAGGCGCCGAUACCGUUGAAUGUGCUCACGACAGUGCCAUUGUUCUUUGCGAUUGGAUUCUUGGUUGGUUAUAUACUGUACGGUGCGGCUGUGCACAUUGUGAAAGUCGAAGAUGAUUUCCAUGAAAUGCAAGAGCUUAAAGUCCGAGCAGAAGCUGCUGAUGUCGCUAAAUCACAGUUUCUUGCCACCGUGUCUCAUGAGAUCAGAACACCCAUGAAUGGCAUUCUCGGAAUGCUUGCAAUGCUUCUUGAUACAGAACUUAGCUCAACGCAGAGAGAUUACGCUCAAACCGCACAAGUCUGUGGAAAAGCAUUGAUUGCAUUGAUAAACGAGGUUCUUGAUCGUGCCAAGAUCGAAGCUGGAAAGCUGGAAUUGGAAUCUGUACCUUUCGAUAUCCGCUCGAUACUAGAUGAUGUCCUUUCUCUGUUCUCUGAGGAGUCAAGAAACAAAGGCAUUGAGCUUGCGGUUUUUGUUUCAGACAAAGUACCGGAGAUAGUCAAAGGAGAUUCAGGGAGAUUCAGACAGAUCAUCAUAAACCUCGUCGGAAAUUCAGUUAAAUUCACAGAGAAAGGACACAUCUUUGUCAAAGUCCAUCUCGCUGAACAAUCAAAAGAUGGAGCUGAACCAAAAACCUCACUGAACGGAGGAGUUUCUGAAGAGAUGAUUGUUGUUUCGAAACCGUCGAGUUACAACACGUUGAGCGGCUACGAAGCCGCCGAUGGCCGGAACAGCUGGGAUUCAUUCAAGCAUCUGGUCUCCGACGAGGAGCUCUUGUCGGAAUUCGACAUCUCAAGUAACGUCAGGCUCAUGGUUUCGAUUGAAGACACUGGUAUAGGGAUCCCUUUAGCCGCGCAAGGCCGAGUUUUUAUGCCGUUCAUGCAAGCGGAUAGCUCGACUUCAAGAACCUAUGGAGGCACAGGGAUUGGUUUGAGCAUAAGCAAGUGUCUCGUCGAGCUUAUGCGCGGCCAGAUAAGUUUCAUAAGCAGGCCUCACAUCGGAAGCACGUUCUGGUUCACCGCGGUUUUCGAAAAGUGCGAUAAGUGCAGCGCGGUUAGCCAUCUGAAGAAGCCUAAUGUGGAGAAUCUGCCUUCUACUUUCAGAGGGAUGAGAGCUAUCGUUGUUGAUGCUAAGCCCGUUAGAGCCGCUGUGACUAGAUACCAUAUGAAAAGACUCGGAAUCAGUGUCGAUGUCGUGACUAGCCUCAAAACCGCGGUUUCUGCGGCUACUGCGUUUGCUAGAAACGGUUCUCCUCCUCUCACGUCAGGGACAACGAAACAGCAGCUGGAUAUGAUCUUGGUAGAGAAAGAUUCGUGGAUUUCAUCGGAAGAUAACGACUCAGAGAUACGUCUGUUGAGUUCAAGAACCAACGGGAACGUUGUUCAUCGCAAGUCACCGAAGCUGGCGCUUUUCGCGACGAACAUCACGAAGCAAGAAUUCGACAGAGCGAAAUCCGCCGGGUUUGCGGAUACGGUGAUAAUGAAACCGUUGAGAGCAAGCAUGAUCGGUGCUUGUUUGCAGCAAGUUCUCGAGCUGAGGAAGACGAGACAGCAACACCCCGAGGGAUCAUCUCCGGAAACGCUCAAGAGCUUGCUUACGGGGAAGAAGAUUCUCGUGGUCGAUGAUAAUAUAGUUAACCGGAGAGUAGCUGCAGGAGCUCUCAAGAAAUUUGGAGCGGAAGUGGUUUGUGCAGAGAGUGGCCAAGUUGCUUUGGGUCUGCUUCAGAUUCCUCACAGUUUCGAUGCUUGCUUCAUGGAUAUUCAAAUGCCACUCAUGGACGGAUUUGAAGCGACUCGGCAGAUAAGGAUGAUGGAGAAGGAAGCUAAAGAGAAGACGAAGCUCGAGUGGCAUUUACCGAUAUUAGCCAUGACGGCCGAUGUGAUCCACGCGACGUACGAGGAGUGUCUGAAAAGUGGAAUGGAUGGUUACGUCUCUAAACCAUUUGAAGAAGAGAAUCUCUACAAAUCAGUAGCCAAAUCAUUCAAAGCUAACCCAAUCUCAGAUUCAUGAUCAUAAGUUGAACAAGAAAGGAAGAGUAAGAACCUUUUUCAUUUUUUAUCAUCCUGCCGGAGAAAUCUCUUCCGGCGAGAUUUUUUCCGGGAAACGACGGAGAUAUGACGGUGGAGUGGGGCUGAUGGGGACAAAUAUGCAAUGUGGGUCGUGUACAUAUAGGUUUUACGAAUCCAGAAAUACAUUUGUGAGUUCGGUUUUGACCAGUAUGUUGUUUAACCGACGACGUUUGACGGUUCAGUGUUGAUAUUAAUCGCAUCGGAGUCCAGUUGUACCGAAACCAGUUUUGGUUAGCCGUUGGUUGUUAAAGACAUACAUACACAUUACAUAUGGUUAGCUUUUUAAACAAUAAUUUCGUGUAGUUUCUGAUAAAUUACUUAUAUGAUGGUGACAAUAAAAAUAUGGGGAAUUUUUC